GCACAAAAACCAAAGACGACUUCCGGUGAAAAUAAACGCGUUUUGCCGUUUUCACGGUUUUGCCUUGUUUUCUAGCACCGUUUCGCAUGUGGUUUCGUACCUCUUGCAAUCAUGAUCGGUGCAUUGGGCGGAGACUCCGAAGUUAAAAACAGAGAGUUAAUGUACAGAUUAAUGAUAAGUCAGUUGUUUUAUGAUGGACAUCAACAGUUAGCAGUUCAGCUCUCUAACCUUGUCAAGGCACACCCUGCUUGUCCCCCAUCAGACAGACUCUUCAAAGUUGUCAAAUUUGGCUUGGAAUCAGAAGAAGAACUGUCUGGAAGCAAAAAGAUUGAACAAAAUAUUGCGCCAGGUUCAGGAAUUGACUUGGAAUACGAAACAGAUGUACAGUCAAUAUCUCCUGAGGGAGCCCUGUAUGAGACUUGUUAUGUCACAGCCCACAAAGGCCCAUGCCGGGCGGGAGCAUUCCACUCCUCAGGGAAACUCAUUGCCACAGGAUCAGAGGAUGCCUCCAUCAAGAUCUUAGAUGUAGACAGAAUGUUGGCCAAAAGUGCCACCCCUGCAGAAAUAAUUGCCAUGGAAACCCCACAACAAGCAAUGGAAAAUCACCCAGUCAUCAGAACACUGUAUGAUCAUAUAGAUGAGGUCACAUGUUUAGAUUUCCAUCCUACACAUUCUAUUCUGGCAUCAGGCAGCACAGACUACAGCAUUCGUUUCUUUGAAUAUUCAAAACCUUCUGUCAAGAAAGCUUACAAAAGUAUACAGGAGGCUGCCCCAGUCCGCUGUCUGUCAUUUCAUCCCUCGGGGGAUUUUCUCCUGGUGGGGGCGGAUCAUCCUACAGUGAGAUUGUACGAUGUGAACACCUUCCAGUGCUUUGUGGGUAGGAACCCCAGUACUCAUCACACCCUCCCUGUCACUACAGUAAAAUGGAGCCCUAAUGCCAAUUUGUAUGCCACAGGCUCGUUGGAUGGGGAUAUAAAGGUUUGGGAUGGAGUCAGCAAUCUGGUGAUUAGCACGUUUAAGAAAGCUCAUGAUGGAGAGGAGGUGUGUUCUGUCACCUUCUCCAGAAACUCAAAGUAUGUUUUGUCCUGUGGGAAGGACUCCUUGGUCAAGCUGUGGGAGCUGUCCACCAACAGGUGUCUGAUAGUAUACACAGGGGCGGGGAUGACCGGCAAGAUGCAGCACGGGGCACAGGCAGUGUUCAACCACACAGAGGAUUACAUUUUCUUUCCUGAUGAGAACACAACCUCUCUGUGUUGCUGGGACUCAAGGAAUGCUGAGAGACAGAGGUUACUGGCCCUGGGACAUAACGGAGCUGUACGAUACAUUGGGCACUCCCCCACUGGCCCCGCCUUCAUCACAUGCAGCGAGGAUUUCCGUGCCAGAUUCUGGUACAGAAAGGCAGAUACAGACUAAAUACAUGUAUCAUGACAUCAUUUUCUCAUUUUGUAAAUACAUGUACUUCAAUAAAACUUUUUAUGUGCUGUAAAUGGGUUUUUUUGUGAUGAUAAAACAGCUGAUUAGAAAUGAAGUUAUAUAUUUAGGUAUAAAUUAAUAUAUAGUUUUAAAGGUAAAUAAAAUUAGUUAUUCAGAUACAAGAUUUGUAGAACGGUUUAUUUAAAGAGUAAUAAAAUGUGCCGAUAGUAUUUUGUAAUCAGUCUAAUCAUAAGCAUGCUCAUAAAGUUGAUUACUGUGGAAUCGUUAGAAUUCAUGGUGGCUCAGUUUUCUUGGUAUUUGUGAGUAGCCCUCCCUGAUGACUUCAGAUCCUAGGCAAAUCAAAUUUAGAUAGCGUUAUCUUUCUUACUGCAUUUGAAAACUAAUGCAUCCAAGAAAUUACAUCCUCACAAAUCAGCGAAAAUACAAUGCAGAAAAAUUGGCUCCCACGAAUUUCAAUGAUUCCCCAGUAUAUAUGGUAACCAAGAAUGUUUUGUUAGAGUGCAAAAAGCCUUGGCAAAAAAUGUUUACCUUGUGGUUUGGUCCUGGAAUUUAUCAAAGUUGAUUUUCUUUUUUUUAAAAUUGGCAAAUUGUGGUACCAGU